CCAUUUAAAGAGAGUGGGGCGGCGCCAGAGGGAGGGCUCAGUUGGACGAGAGAGAGCGUCUUUGCCUUUGCAGUGACGGGUCCACCGGUAUUUGCGGGAUCUCCACUUGUUUCCUGCCGCAUCAGAAACGCAGAACUCGCUGUUUUCCGCCGGCGAUCGGCCUGAGAGACCUUGUCCCUGUCGGAGCCCGGCGUCUUUUUUUGCCCGGAAAGAGCGGGACGAGGUGAAUUUCGGAGCUCUCUCUAUCUCUCUCUCUCGCACAGGAAGAUGAAAGACUUAGUGUAAGCUGGAGUUUGCGAAAGUCCGGCUUCAUCUCAGUGGAAAAGGUGACGGCGAGGCGAAGAACUGUGACCGUUUGCGCAUUCUAUCGUUGCUCUCGCCGGAAAAGUAGCGGGUGAGGCGGAGGAUCAUGAUCCUUCGGCAUUACAACGUCCUUCUAGCCGGAAAGGUCGAGGAGAAGUGAAGGAUCGGGGUCCGUCGACGUUUCAAAGUUUUCAUUGUCAGAGAAAGUUGAGGAGACGUAAGAAGAUCGCGAGUUUUUCGGGCGUUGUGGAGUUUUCUAGCCUGGAAAUCGAAGGAGAGGCGGUUCGCUGGACUUUGAGUUCGAGCAAUCUUACUUUCCAUAACCAAUAGCAUGCAGUGACGUUUUGUCCUUUCUCUCUUAAAGCAAGUGCUUCUCUAGUCGAAGAAUUUGUUGCCUUUGAGUAUUGACGCUUAAUGCUCAUGUUUUCUUCCAUCUAUGAGCAAACUCCGAGGCGGCAAAAAUGUUGCCGCUUCAAACAUACAUCUAUAGUGGUGUAGUUUGAGUUACUUUGGGUGAGAAACUUUGGUUAACUUGGUGGAACCAUCUGUCCUUGGAAGCUAGCUGUUUAAUUUGGAAGAAUUAUUUAUCUGAAGCAGGCGCGAGGUGUUCUGGUUGCAUGGCAAACAACUCUGAUAAUUUCUGCUCCGUAGACAUUUCUCUUGAUGAUGACGGUGUUGACCAUAAAUACGGUGCCUGAUCUUUGAGGCAACUUCUUGAUCGUUCUUGUUCUUAGGCUGUAGUUUACAUUUGAAUUCUGGUGCUUGGAGGAGGGACCAGAGGAAUGGGACUUCUGCUGUUAUCUGCAAAAGGGCCACCGAUAAAACGAAGAGCUGGUUUGCGCAUCAAACAGGCUGGAAGGGGUUCAUAUCGAGGUAGCUAGUGGCGGCCUUGCUCGAAGAAGUGAGGUUCUAAGUUUAUUCCAUCAGAGUAAUUUAACGAUUUCUUAUUUAGUGGCGACUAAUCCAAAAAGAGCCGGAGCGUUUUGUCCUUCUGGUACUUAGGGAAUGGGGACAAGCCGGAUGAGCAUGUACCAGCUUUUAGGGAGUUUUUGCCAAAACAGAGGAUGGAACUAUGCAGUGUUUUGGAGGCUUAAGAAUCAGAACAGCAAGUUGCUGACGUGCAGUGAGACUUACUUCAGUUUUCCCAAAUCACCACAUGUUAUAAAGUUUGAAGCUAAAAAGUUUCCCUUCAAUAACACAGUCAAUUCUGUCGUCAACCGAAUAGAUGGAUUUUAUGGGCCUGACGUUGGAGACUCACUUGAACUGGCAGUGGCGAAUAUGUCACGCCUAGUGUAUUAUCUGGGAGAAGGGUCAUUUGGUCAAAUUGCAAUUGCCAGGAAGCACCAUUGGAUUUGUUCUGGAAGGAGUUUUGGUGGCGGUGAAAAUUCUACAGUGGUUGAGCUUCCAGAUGAAUGGAAAGCACAAUUCGCAGUUGGCAUUAAGACGAUUGCACUUAUACCUGUUAUGCCAUGUGGUCUUGUGCAACUUGGAUCCUUAGAAACAUUGGAGGAGGACAUGGAGUUGGUCGAAUACAUUAGAUUGUCAUUUAGUUCUCUUCGUAUUCCAUCUGGCACAGGAUCACCCCUUACUUCAGUUGGGUGCCUGUCUGAAUUACCGACCGCUUUGCACUCUUUCAUGCCCCAAAUUUCUGUGUCUUCUGCUAUCUCCUAUGACCUUUCAGAUCAAACAUCUCAUGCAUCUCCAGAAGAGAAACAUCCUGGUUUUGCUGUUUUAGAUGCUGAUAACAAAGAAAGGAAGCUGUCGAAAAUCCAUUCCUCGGUCUUGAAAUUUGCAGAGGAUCUUCAAAUGCCUCAAAAUGGUCUGUAUAGAUUUGGUCCUGACAGAUGUUAUUCUGGCAGGGAGGCAGGUGCUGUAUCCAAGCCCUUGCCAAAAAAAAUUGAAACUCUAUCCACACAAAAUUGGUUCACAGAAAGCUGUCUAGAGCAGAAUCUUGCCAACAAUGUCACUUUUGAUCCAUAUUUGGAAACUGAAAUAUGUCUUGGUGAUUCACGUCUAACCCUUCAAGAAAGUGCAUCAGACCAAACUUUUGCAAAUAGAUUUACUUGGGGUUUAUCUCAGACAAUUGACGAUGAUAAUUUCAAAUUCCCAGCUAGUUCUGAACUACACAAAGCACUUGGACAGGCUGUCUAUACAGGAGGAAAUAAUUGUUUUGGUAACAGUGCAUUCGGAGAUGAGGAUGGAUUCAGUGGUGCAAAUGCCAUAGUUGAUCAGUUUAAUUUGGAAGGCAGACUCGAGACCUUGCUUGGGGACUUUGAGGACUGGUUCAUGGAUGGGAACCGCUCAGAACACCUUUUAGAUGCCAUUGUAGCUGAUACAUGUCUUCUUCCUGAGAAUAAAAGUCUUUCUUCUCAAUCAGGUUUUGCUAAACCAUCUGAUAAUUUGCUCAUGGAUUUUGAUGCCUACUUUGAAAUGCAAGAUAGCAUCAUAGAUUCUGCUACUGACAAUGUGUGUGAGCAUCCUGGAGGUGAAGAUAUGCAACUUAGAUCGACUGAUAUGAAGCCAUCUAGCUGUGAACGGAAAGCUGCCUGUGCCAAACUGCAAAAAACUGAUACUCAGGCCGGUGUAUCUCUUCUCAAUUCGGAUCAUUGGAGUGUCUCACACAACAGUCUUGUUUCUUGGGCAGAACAAUCAGCCAUGACAUCACCGACUGGAUCAUCAAUUACUCUCAGCACGUUGAUUGAUGAAGUAAAGAAAAAUCCAGCAUCUGUGCUUUCUAAGAAUGAAGUUAAGUUGCCAAAGAUAAAUAGGAAGAGGGCUAAACCUGGUGAAAGUUGUAGGCCAAGGCCAAGGGAUAGACAGCAGAUCCAGGACCGUAUUAAGGAGCUAAGAGAGAUUGUCCCUAAUGGAGCAAAGUGCAGUAUUGAUGCGUUAUUUGAACGGACCAUCAAGCAUAUGUUGUUCUUGCGAAGUAUUGCGAGUCACGUGGAUAAGUUGAAGAAUUGUACACGGCCAAAGGUGAUUAAAGAGGAGAACUCGAAUUCGGAAAAGUCGAACGGUGCAAGCUGGGCUGUUGAACUGGGAAGCCAAUCUGGUUCAUGUCCGCUGAUCGUGGAGAACCUCAGCCAGCCUGGCCACAUGCUUGUUGAGAUGCUUUGCGAGGAGCACGGGAUAUUUCUCGAAAUAGCGCAGGUGAUUCGAAGCUUAGGACUGACCAUCCUGAAAGGAGAAAUGGAGACUCGUGCCGAGAAGAUAUGGGCUCAUUUUGUCAUCGAGGUAAUAAACACAAAUACACCGCCCCUCUCUCCCGCUUUCCUUUGUUUUACGUAUGAGAUCUGUCUGACGUGGUCGAAGAACAGGUCACCAGAGGAUUUCAGAGAAUGGACAUACUUUGGCCAUUGAUGCAGCUCCUACAGCCUAGAAGCAAUGUGACUCUGAGCAAGUUCUAAUAUUUCUCUGAAUAUUUUAAUUUUCCCCAACGGCUUUACAUUUCUAGUCGUCAUGCGAAUUUUCGAAGUCCCAGUAUUGUCUGCAGAGAGUAUAGACAGGCAACUGACGUUUGUUUAGGCCAAAUGAGGAGCACAGCGGGCUUUGAUUGUCUUAACAAUGAUCCGUGUACACCUUAGAACCUAAAGGACGAUUAAUCUGUA